AUGUGUGUUAUUGAUGAUGCUCAGCAGGCAAUAGUAUCCCAUGGCCAAAUUGUUAAAGAACCACCACAUAAUGCUGAGGGGCAGCAACAUGCACAAACUGAAGGCAAUUUUGAAACUGUAAAUCCCAACCUGUCUAAAGAGGCUGACAUAGCAUCCGGAGACCAUGUGGGAGAUGUUAAUGUUACUGAUGAUGAGCAGCAGCGUUCGCCACCACCAGGUGCUAACACGUCUCCGGGAGGAAAUGAUUCCUCGCCUCAUGUCAUCCCCAAUCUACAUGCAUCUACAUCUCCACCACAUGAGUCUGGUCGAUCGGAAGCUAAUGUCAAUGAGGAUACUUUUGACCCUAAUGGCGCCUUCAGUUUUCUUAAUGAUCCAACCCCUCCCCAGAUAGAAUCAACUUCCGACCGUACGGUUGGCCUUUCAAUUGUUCUGAACCAGGAGGUACUUGCUAAUACAUUGGCAAAUCCCACAAAGGAAGGCUCUGCUGAAGGCAAGGACGGCAAUACAGAUGAUGCUAUCGAUGCUGUUGACAAGAUUAUCUCAAAAUUACAUAUCGACGGAAACUUCAAUGCAUACUUGAAUGACGAGGCAGUCCAAGCAUCUACGGAGGCACCAACACAGCAUGUUUUUGCAAAACCGGAAAGAAUACAUGAUCUAGAGGCAAUGUUCCGGGAAAAGCAUCCAAAUCAAAAGUUUAAGGUGAACCCAGUGCCACCACCGGCAAACAAGGCGAAAACGUCCGAAUUGUCGACCGACAAUGUGCUGCCUCGUCAUUACAAGAGAGCGAAUCGGAAACCUCCAAUGUACUCGUCGCCAUUCAAGGCAGGAAAGAGCAGGACUGUCCCUGUAGUUGAUCAUGCAAUGCAACUACGAGACCUUUUAUGCUCCCCAGGUUCACCAUUAAAAAGCCAUUACUUGAUUCAAUUCCUCCCAUUUGCAUGGACGGGUUCAGAUAUUGCUGACUCAUUCUCAGAUGGGCGAAUGACCGAUAUAUUCUUUCUGGAGUAUUUUGUUAAAUGCUUGGCGGAAGACGAUAAGUUGCACCGGGCAGAAUCAUACGGUUACAGGAUUUUUAUGCCGCCCAGAGUUUGUUGUGCACUCAAUCCAGAGGAACUCAACAAAGGCAAUGAUAGAGUCUUUGACCCUACCGCGCUAGACAACAUGGUUAGGGAGAACCUUCCUCCCACCGAUUGGUCCAAGGCAAAACUGGUUUUCCUCUCGAUGUGCCACCGCGAGCACAUCUCUGUCUAUUGCAUAAACUUCCGGCACACUCGCAUUGAUGUACUUGACUCCCUUGACUACAAAUCCAUCGGAACAGAAUGGGAACAACAUCACGACAAAGAAUUUUGUGAUACCAUGAUGCAGCGUUUGAGUGAUUCUUUUCAGAGGAUUUCUAAGAAAGAUUUCAAGGUUUUUGCAAACAUGAGGCGCGUCCCCUUUACUGAAGCUCCCGUAAUGGUUAACAGGAAUGACUGCGCCUUCUUUUCUAUGAAGUUCAUAGAGUUCUUUGACGGAGAGGAGUCUUCACUUCGCACUUCAAUUGCGCCCGAGAAGUGUGGUGAGCUCCGAUCCGAGAUGCUCCAUUACUUGUUGUUUCACACUCUGAACGAUAUAAAAGAUAUGCCUCCUGAGAUCGAGCGGUUCCGGCUAUCUGGAGUUCCGUUUUAG